GUUAGACAGAGGAGCAGAUGUACAGGGUUUGCCUGACUCACACUCAUGGUUGCAUAAGAAAUAUUAUUUCCUACUUCUGCACGCCAAGUUUCUACCUCCAGAUCUGUUUGGUUCAGUUGCUGAGAAGCCUGACCCUCCUGUGCCACUUGGGAGAAGCCAUUCGCUGCCCGGAGAAAGAUGGGUGACAAUGGCACGUUUGCCCAGGCCAGCUACAGCGUGCAGCCCACGUCGCAUUCUCUGUUUACAUCCAAUAUCCAGGCCGGCAAUGAAGAACCCACCACCAAUUAUGACUAUGAUUACAGCUUGCCCUGUGUGAAGGUCAAUGUGAGACAGAACGUAGUUGGGCUUCUGCCUCCGCUCUACUCGCUGGUGUUCGUCUUUGGUUUCGUGGGCAACAUGCUGGUCGUCCUCAUCCUCAUCAAAUGCAAAAAGCUGAAGAGCAUGACUGACAUCUACCUGCUCAACCUGGCCAUCUCCGACCUGCUCUUCCUUCUCACCAUCCCGUUCUGGGCCCACUAUGCUGUGUACGGGUGGCUCUUGGGGGAGGUGUUGUGUAAGUCAUUCACUGGGCUGUAUCACGUUGGGUAUUUUGGAGGAAACUUCUUCAUCAUCCUCUUGACCAUCGACAGGUACCUGGCGAUCGUCCAUGCUGUGUUUGCGUUAAAGGCCAGGACGGUCACCUUUGGGGUGUUGACAAGUGGAGUCACCUGGGCGGUGGCCGUCUUCGCCGCUCUCCCCGGGAUCGUCUUCGGGGCACUGGAAGAGCAAGAUGGUAUUACCUUUUGCAGCCCUCAAUUUCCAAAAGCAUGGAAGAAUUUCCAUACAAUCAUGAGGAGCGUCUUGGGCCUGGUCCUGCCCCUGCUCGUCAUGGUCGUCUGCUACUCGGCCAUCCUCAAGACCCUGCUUCGGUGCCGAAACGAAAAGAAGAGGCACAAGGCGGUGAGGCUCAUUUUCGUGAUCAUGAUUGUUUACUUUCUUUUCUGGGCUCCCCACAACAUCGUGCUUCUCCUAAGCACUUUCCAGGAGUCCUUUAAUGUGAGCAACUGUCAGAGCACCAGUCAGAUGGACCAAAUCAUGCAGGUGACGGAGACCCUUGGGAUGACGCACUGCUGCGUCAACCCCAUCAUCUACGCCUUCGUGGGAGAGAAGUUCAGAAGGUACCUCUCCGUGUUCUUCCGAAAGCACAUCGCCAAACACCUCUGCAAACAAUGCCCAGUCUUCUAUGGGGAGCCCACAGAUCGAAUGAGUUCCACAUACACACCUUCCACGGGGGAACAGGAGGUCUCAGUUGGCUUGUAGAGGAGUAGAAGGUUGCUUCUUGCUUUUGAUGGGGGACGGCAAUCGGUUUAUGAUAAUAAAGUCUCAAAGGUCUGUUGAAGAAGGGAGGCCUGUGAGCCUCUGAGGUGAGUGCCCAGGAACCUCAGGGUCAUGGGCACCAAGACAGACUGUGUCCCUCCCUGGGUAGCCAACGCACACUCAGGGGAUAGUCCAGAACAACUGUGGGUAGAGACCAGGACUUCUCCAAUGAGCUCCUCCCAGUUCCUGGAAAAUGCCACAUCUGGAAAAUACUUAUGUGCUUCUCCCAGUCUUCACCUUCGCUUCAGUAUCUCUGCUAUGCUAUCCCUUUGGACAGGGGCUCAGCUGGAGGGGGGAGGGGGGCAAGUGGGCACAGGUGGAUGGC